GAGCAUUUUGUCGUGAUGCCAGAUACAAAAAGUUUAAAAUCUGAACAAAAUGAUUGUGUGAUGCCAGUACGUUCUGCUAAUCCGAUACGCGCUAGAAGUUUGAUCCGAGACAAUUUGGAGAAACAGGCUGGUUGUCUAAAUCUAAUACACUCCAGAAUGCCAAACAUUAAAGUGUUUUCGGGCACCUCGCAUCCGGAUUUGGCGCAGCGUAUUGUCGAUCGCCUUGGCAUCGACCUGGGCAAAGUGGUCACCAAGAAGUUUAGCAAUUUGGAAACAUGUGUGGAAAUCGGCGAAUCGGUGCGUGGCGAAGAUGUUUACAUUGUGCAGUCCGGUUCCGGGGAGAUCAAUGAUAAUUUAAUGGAGCUGCUGAUCAUGAUUAAUGCUUGCAAAAUCGCAUCAGCAUCUCGUGUUACAGCUGUGAUUCCUUGCUUUCCAUAUGCCCGCCAAGACAAAAAAGAUAAGUUGCCGGGCGGUGAGGAGAAAGAUGAAAAAGCUAAGCUUGCCAAGAAAAACUACGAUUGGAAAUUUAGGAGUCGUGCGCCCAUCUCGGCGAAGCUGGUCGCUAAUAUGCUAUCAGUGGCCGGUGCGGACCACAUCAUAACCAUGGAUCUACACGCCUCACAGAUUCAGGGUUUCUUCGAUAUACCAGUUGAUAAUCUCUAUGCCGAGCCGGCGGUACUCAAAUGGAUCAAAGAGAACAUUCCCGAAUGGAAGAAUUCGAUCAUUGUAUCGCCCGAUGCCGGCGGCGCUAAGCGUGUUACCUCGAUAGCGGAUCGCUUGAAUGUGGAAUUCGCGCUGAUACACAAGGAGCGCAAGAAGGCCAAUGAGGUCGCCUCGAUGGUGCUUGUGGGUGAUGUUAAGGAUAAGAUUGCCAUAUUGGUGGACGAUAUGGCCGAUACAUGUGGCACCAUAGUCCAUGCGGCGGAUCGUCUGGUAGAGGCGGGUGCCACUAAGGUUUAUGCCAUAUUGACGCAUGGCAUUUUUUCGGGUCCGGCGAUUUCGCGCAUUAACAAUGCCUGCUUUGAGGCGGUUGUGGUGACCAAUACUAUACCACAGGACGGGCAUAUGCGUGAUUGUCCCAAAAUACAGUGCAUUGAUGUGUCUAUGAUGUUCGCCGAGGCUGUUAGACGAACACACAAUGGCGAGAGUGUCUCGUAUCUCUUCUCAAAUGUUCCAUAUUAAACGUUAAAUACCACAASAACAACAACUUCAACAACUACAAUCAUAACAAGAAGAAGAA